AUGCUGAGGAGGUUGAGGAGAGGACUGUGGAACUAUCGCAGUGUCGCUCUGAUCGUUUUCACGCCGCUGCUGCUGCUUCCUCUUCUUCUCGUCAUCGGGACGAAGGAGGCAGAAUGCGCCUACGUGCUGCUGCUGAUGGCGACGUUCUGGGUGACGGAGGUGAUUCCUCUGUCCAUGACUGCCAUGCUCCCCGCCAUCUUCUUCCCCGUGUUUGGCAUCAUGAGUUCCUCAGACGUGGCGAAGGAGUACUUUAAAGACUUCCACUUCCUGCUGGUGGGCGUCGUCUGCCUCGCCACGUCCAUCGAGAAGUGGGGUCUCCACCGGAGGAUCGCCUUGAGGCUCGUCACCAUGGUGGGAGUCAACCCUGCGUGGUUGAUGUUGGGCUUCAUGUCCGGCUGCGCAUUCCUCUCCAUGUGGGUCCAGAACACCUCCGCUGUUACCAUGGUGAUGCCCAUCGUGGAGGCUGUUCUCCAGCAGAUCCUGAAGGCCAAGGAGAGUGUGUGUGUCGGUGAAGACAACCCAAACCUGCAGCUGGAAGAAAUGAACGGCCACGCUGAAGCCACGAAGGAAACUCUGAGUGAGCAGAAGCUUCCAGAUGUCCCUGAAGGAAGCCUCACUGGUGUUCAGAUACAGACAGUGCCUCAGCCUGCAGCAGCUCAGGUUGCUGAGCGUCAGGCGGCAGCUUCCAGCACAAGUCACCAAAACCGGAUGAUUUGUAAAGCCAUGUGCAUCAGCAUCGCCUACUCCUCCAACAUCGGAGGCAUCAGCACGCUGCCCGGCACGUCGCCCAACCUCAUCUUCUCUGAGUACAUCAACCAGAUUUACCCAGACUGCGACUACAUUAACUUUGGGAACUGGCUGCUGUUGUGCCUGCCCAUCAGCGUGAUCAUGCUGCUGCUGACGUGGAUGUGGCUGUACUGGCUCUUCAUUGGCUCAGACUUCAAGUUCCUGUGGCGAUGUGGAGGAGAGCCGUCUGAGAAAGAGGCAGCAGCAAGACGAGUGAUAGAGGACGAGUUCAGGUCGCUGGGGCCCAUGAGUUCUCAGGAGAUCUUCACUGGUGUGAUUUUCCUGCUGAUGGUGUUGCUGUGGUUGACCAGAUCUCCGGGUUUCAUGCCAGGCUGGUCUUCUCUCUUCCCUCACCAGUCGAGCUUCAUCACCGAGGCCACCGUGGCUCUGCUGCUGGGCCUCCUGUUCUUCAUCGUACCCGCCCACGGACCCUCCAGAAAAUACGAGGCCAUGAUCACCUGGGAGGAGUUCAGCGUCUCCAUGCCGUGGAAGGUCGCCCUGCUGGUCGGUGGCGGCUUCGCCCUGGCUGAAGGCACGGAGGAUUCGGGUCUGUCGACGUGGGUGGCCGAGCUGCUGACACCCCUGGGUCACCUGCCGGUCUUGGCCACGAUCACCAUCACCUGCCUCAUCGUCACCAUGGUAACAGAGGUGGCCAGCAAUGCCGCCACCAUCACCAUCUUCCUCCCGAUCCUCUCUCCUCUGGCGGAGGCCAUCCACGUCAACCCGCUCUACAUCCUGAUCCCCACCACCCUGUGCACCUCCUUCUCCUUCCUGCUCCCAGUGUCCAACCCCCCCAACGCCAUCGUGUUUGCCUACGGGCACAUCAGCAUCAUGGACAUGGUGAGGGCGGGGCUCGGCGUCAACCUGAUCGGCGUCCUCGCCACCCUGUUGGCCGUGGCGACGUGGGGAGUCCCGUUAUUCUCUCUGGAUACGUACCCCGACUGGGCGCUGCCUCUCCCUGUGGUCAACUCCACAGCGCCGUGA